GGCGGACUGCGUUGUUUGGCGACCCCUGUGAAAUGGUCGUUCGACCCCAAAUGGGGUCCCGACCCGCAGGUUGAGAACCACUGUCGUAAGGUAAAGGCUGUUUGUUCGUCAUUGUGUGUGCCGCUGCUCCUGCCCUUUCCCUGCCAAUCGCAGCUCUUUUGGGCAAAUGGAACAGAGUCAAAAGUUUAUUUAUGUUCAGAUGUUUUAACAACUGGUUCAUAUUUUAUGGCAUUUGCAAUGCCCUGCAUCUUUUGCGACCUUUUGACAAGCAACGUCAAUGGGGAUAUCGGAUUCACUUAACCACCAUGUUACUAAUUUAACCACUGCAGUGAUUCACGUAACAAAUGGGGCAAGAAUAGUUGUAAAAUGGGACAAAAGUUAACUUUCUCGCUUAGCGACAUAAGUUCUGGGCUCAAUCAUGGAUUACCUGUGGUACAUCCAUCACAAUAAAAAUCUGGUAGUUACUUCAACUAAUCCCUCCAUCAAACACUUAUGCUUGGAGGGAGCAUCUUUUAAUCCUCAGCUACCUAUAUUUCCCAAAGCUAAUAAUUAAACCUUUAAGUAGAUAUGUAUGGGGUAAACGCUGCAAGAAAUCUUACAAAGCACAGAAUGGGCCAGAAUUCUUUUCAUUCCAAAGGGACAUGCUCAGCUUUGUCCUGUCCAUAAUUCCUGAAGAAAUCAAGAAGAAAUUUGUAUUUUCUAACUAAUGAACUUUUUUUUUUUUUUGAAGAAAGCUACUGGGAUCAAAGUUGGGAAUCUGUCAGUGAGCCUCAGUGUUAUUAAAAGCUUUCUAGAGACUGAUUUGUGCAUUUUGCAUCUCUUUUAACAAUGUCUUUGCUGGCCGAUUGACAACCUUAGCUGAAUGGAAACCAUCCAUUGUAUUUCUUUCAUUCUUUUCCAUUUUUUUUCCCCCUGCUCCGAGCUUGGCAACAUCUGACUGCCAUCUAGCGGAGUCAGGAUCUCAAGAUUUGUUUAACAGAGAAAUCAGAGAUGGGAAGUCUCAAAAGAGCACCAAACAGUUGGGAUGGUGAACUAGGAUUGGAGAAAUUUAGGUUUGAAUCUAUUUUUGGCCAUGGAAUCUUAUAGGUGACUGUUUACUUCUUCCUUUCUCAUACUAAGAUUUUGCACAGAGAGAAAUUCUCCUUUCAUAAAGGACUCAUGAGAGUUCUUUGUCAGUGUUUGCUUAGGCUAACACUGAUCUCGCUUAGAAGGUGAGGCAUUUGUUCAGCCAACCACAAGCUGACAGAAUUUAUUAAAGGAGAGAAAAAAAAAAUCUUUCUCUUCUUGGAUCUGUUCAUCUUUAGGAUUUUCUAUGACUUUUCUUUCAAUAGUCGUUAAGUAAAUCACUGCAAUUGUUAGAUUAGUAACACAGUUAAGUGAAUCUGGCUUCCCCAUUAACUUUGCUUGUCAAAAGAUUAUAAAAGCUGAUCACAUGGCAAAAAUAGGUAUGAUCCAAAGCUUCAGGGGUCUGGAAACUUGUCUGUUUAAAGGAGUAAGCUGGGACAGAAUCUGUCCAUUUGUGAUGUCAAAUAUCUAAGAAUGUUUCAUUAACUGUCAUUCCGAAAAAAAGCCCAGAUCCAAAUCGUAGUAUUUGGGGCUCUUUCAAUGACAGAGCCAUGUUGAAUGUCAGAGUCUUACAAACACCAGCUGUAAUCAUUGAUAAUGGAUCUGGAUCUUGCAAAGCUGGGAUUUCGGGUGAGCCUGAACCAAAAUCCAUUGUCCCAUCUGUGGUUGGUCAUUUCAAAGAGAGACCGGAGGAAAUUUAUAUUGGAGGUGGAGCCCUCUCCAGGAAAGGGGCCUUGUUGAGCUAUCCUGUUGAACGUGGGAUUAUUUCCUCUUGGGAUGAUAUGGAGAAGCUGCUGAGAUACAUCUACAAGUAUGAACUUAAAGUGAAACCCAGCACAAGGCCUGCCUUUCUUUCGGAGCCCCCCCGGAAUCCACUGAAGAAUCGGGAAAAAAUCACCGAGCUCAUGUUUGAAAGCUUUAAAGUUCCGGCUUUGUAUCUUGCGAUCCAAGCUACUCUAGCUUUGUAUACCUCGGCUCGUACCACCGGUUUGGUGCUGGACAGCGGAGACGGAGUCACCCAUGCCGUCCCAAUUUACGACGGAUACUGCUUACCUCAUGGGGUAUCCAGACUCCCGGUGGCAGGAAGGGACGUGACGGACUACCUUGCCAAUCUCCUUCUGGAGAACAACCCUGCUUUAGUGAGCCGAGCCAAGAAAACUGUGCUGAGGCUCAUCAAAGAGAAUUUCUGCUAUGUGGCUUUGGAUCCCAAACAAGAAGCUCAGAAGAAGGUGGAAGAGAUUGUGAAGCUCCCCGAUGGAAAUACCAUCAAAGUCCAUCUGGAUCUCUGCCAAGCGCCAGAAAUCCUUUUUACGCCCAAGACCAUCGGUGUUGAGGCACCAGGCAUCCAUACCAUGAUCGUCAGAAGCAUCCGGAAGUGUGACAAGGACAUUUGGGCUCCUUUAUACGGGAAUGUGGUCCUCUCAGGGGGGUCUUCUCUUUUCUGGGGCUUGGACGAAAGAAUCUUUAAAGAGAUCGAGCAUCACGUCCCAGACGGGGUUCCCAUACGAAUCAUAACACCUCCGGAAAGGUCUUGCGCAGCUUGGGUGGGCGCAUCUAUUAUUAGUAACUUGGUAUCUUUUCAACCAAUGUGGUUUACCCAGGAAGAUUACAAAGAAUUUGGGGUGGCUGGGAUUCACCGGAAGUGUUUUUAGGAAGCCGGGAGGUUAAAUUCUGCUGAUGAAAAUGUAGGAAAAGUGUUUAUGGAACCCAAAGCAAUUUUUUUUAAAAGCUGAUUGGGGAGACUAUAAAAUGAUUAAAAGUGCACAAAGAACAGUCAA